UUGCUUUUGGUAUACCUUCGUCCAUUGUCUCUUCUACCCCUCAUAAUCCUUGUACAUAUGUACGCAGAGCAUCUUUUGAAGGAUGAAUUGGUCAUUUCAUUUGGAUUAAAACAUGCAGGCCAUCAUCAUGAAUAGAAUAAGUUUCUGCAGAAAGUCGAGGAAAUCAAGGCAAGAAAUGGAUUGUUCUAUCUGCAGUUCGAUGCCGUUCAUUCUGAGGCCCCCAAGGAAUACCAUCUGUGGAGCAUGCUAUGAAGGAGCAAGGAAUGUAAUCACCCUGAUGAACAAGCUUGAUCAAAAUGAUGGUAAAGGAAGCGAUAAAGCCAGUAAUGUCCCUGUUUCAUCUUCACAAAAUUCGUGUAAGCCACAGCCACUUGCAAAUCUUACCAAAUGGAUAGCAAGCAUGAAGGAUAUAGAAGAUGAUCUGAAUAAGAAAAUAAGCUUCUUGAGUGGGCUUCUUGUGGCUUUCAGAGAUCAAAUUCACACUGACAUUCAGCUCAAGCCUGGCAACCAUGGACCUUGCAUACCGGCACACAGAGCUUUACUAGCAGCAAGAUCAGAGAUCUUCAGGAACAUGUUAGACUCAGAUGGCUGCAAGGCUCCACCAAGUGAUACCAUUACUCUCCCAGAGUUGAACACUGAAGAGCUGGAGUCUCUCUUGGAGUUUCUUUACAGUGGGAACCUGCCCUUUGACAAGCUAGAGAAGCAUGUCUAUUCAUUGUUUGUUGCAGCAGACAAGUAUGAGAUCCCAUACUUGCAGGAGUUCUGUGAGAGGUUCCUGUUGAGUUCCUUGAAUGCCUCCAAUGUUCUUGAGAUCCUAGAGAUCUCAGAUGUUUGUUCAAACAAGACAUUAAAGGAAACUGCAUUGAACUUCAUUGUUAGAAACAUGGAGGAUGUAGUUUUCUCAGCCAAGUAUGAGGUUUUUGCACCCAAGAACCCUCACCUUGGUGUGCAGAUUACCAGGGCAUUUUUAAUGGAUUCCAAAAGCAAAAGAAUAAAUGGGGUUUGAUACCAUUGCCAUU